AUGGCACACCCAGACCUUAUCAAACUGAUGGCAUGGGCAUGGACGGCCCUAGUGCUAUCCACACAAGCCUCCAUGAUCAUCGACUCCUUCCAGAACGCAGACCGCAACGAUCUCCAAGCCUGGCACGGCGUCACCCCAGGGCUCCCCAUCUCCUACGGGGCCGGCUAUGUGCAGAUCUAUCCCUCAACCCCAGACCAAGCCUACCACACCCAGCUCAGCCCUUCCCUCUGCUUCAACCUCAUUGAGCACCUCCUCCAAAGCCUCCCAGCCUCUGACCCCAAUACCAACAGUAGCGAGUUCAAAGAACGCGCCCUACACAUCCACUUCAGCGGCGCCCCCGUCUUCAGCAUCUCACUGUCCCAAAACAACGCCGGCUGCACCUCCCCAACUCCCGAGACCUGGGACUCCGUCGACGCAGCGCGCUACGCACACAAUGGAGAGAUCUACAUCCCUUUGUCCCACUUCGACAUCGAUCAGACCCGUGUCGUGGGGAUCUCCAUCGGCGGCUUCCACAACGACACAGCUGAGCUGACCCCACACCACAAAAACACGACCGGAAUCAAGCACACCCGCGACGACGAGGACGAGGAUGAGAACGAAGAAGAUGACGUGGACAACGAAUACGACGAGCCCGUCGAUACCUCUUCCAUCGCCCUCCACCACAUCGACAUUGUCUCCUCCAUCCCGGACUCCUUCCCCCGUAAACCGACUAAGCUCCCGUCUGGCACGCUCCACCAGUUCUGUACCGUCCCGGGGUCGUUUGCGUUUGGUAUUGACGACGGAAGGCCGGCGCUGGCGCCUGCUAUGAUGCGCAUUUUGGAGGAGGAAGACGCGCUGGUGACGUUCUUUGCCACGGGUAGUGGACUGCGGGAUGAGAAGGCGAACUUCUCUGGUGUUUAUAGGGAGAUGUUGAGGAAGGGGCAUCAGGUGGCGAUGCACUCGGAGAGGCAUCCUAGAAUGGAAGGCCUCUCCUCGAUAGAAGCCAUCGACGAUGAAAUCACCCAGAAUAUAGAAGCCAUGAAGACCCAUCUCGGAAUUGAAUGCAUGUGCCCCUCUACCUUUUCUAACACUUCCACGCAUACCUCAACACAAAUAGGCGCCCGCACACGCCAGCGCCUCGCAGCCCUCGUGUCCCCCGCCCCAAGGAUCAUAACCUGGAGCGUCGACAUUGAAGACUGGCGCUGGGUGAACUCGGACACGCCGGAGCGUCAGCUGGAAGCAUUCAAGCGGGACGUGCUGGCAGGAGGGAAUCUAGCCGUGCUGCACUAUCUCGACGAAAGUACGGUGGGAUACUUGCGAGAGGCGAUUCGGUUUGUUCGCUCGAGGGGAUUGACUGUUAUGCGGGUUGAUCGGUGUUUGGGGGAUUAG